AUGGGGAACCACACCAGCAUCACUGAGAUUGUCCUGCUGGGGCUCUCAGAUGCCUGUGAGCUGCAGCUGCUCAUCUUCCUGGGGCUCCUCCUCACCUACCUCCUCACCCUGCUCGGGAACCUCCUCAUCGUGGUUGUCACCCUCACGCACAGGCGCCUCCACACCCCCAUGUACUACUUCCUCCGCAACUUUGCUGUCCUGGAGAUCUGGUUCACCUCCAUCAUCUUCCCCAAGACACUGACCAACAUCCUCACAGGACACAAGACCAUCUCCCUAGCAGGAUGCUUUCUCCAGUUGUUCCUCUAUUUCUUCCUGGGCACCACAGAGUUCUUCCUACUGGCAGCGAUGUCCUUUGACAGAGGGAGAAAGAGAGAGCUCCCAUCCACAGAUCUACUAGCCAAAUGUCUGCAACAGCUGGGCUAAGCCAGGUGGAAGCUGAAAGCCGGGAACUCGAUCUAGAUUGCCCAUGUGGAUGGAAGAGACAAAAGCAUCUGCGCCAUCACAUUUGCCUCCCAGGAUUUGCAUUAAGCAAGAACUGAAACCAGGAGCCAGAGCUGGAAUCAAACCAAGGCUCUCCAGUGUGGGACACAGGUAUCUGAACUGGCAUCUUAAUGCUAAACUAACUGCCUGCCCCAAAACAACAUUGUUUUUAUACUCAUA